GUGGAAGCAGCAGUGUGUGACGUGAAAUGAAGUGAAGAAGACGACUUCCAGUUACAAUCUUGUGGAGUCUGUUUUUCCACGGUUUUAUCAGAAUGCUGUGAAAAAAAAAACCUGUGUCCGAUGCUCUAAAGAGGAGAGGGGUUGACAUGUGAUGAACUUUACUCUCGUUUUCCUGCCUUGGUAUGGACACAGGCUGGUGAUGGAAUCGUAUCACAUAAUGACAACAUUGCUCUUGUGUUGAGAAGCUUAGGACAACUAAUUACCAAGAGAUUACUUGAGAGCUUCUUCAGCAGCUGGCUAUACAGAGUGGUUUUAUUAAACUGCCACAUUCUUAUGACAGGCCUGUGUGCGGUGGAUUCUUUUAAACUGUGAUUUUCUAUUGUUUCCUGUUCAUUUUGAAAUGGAGAUACAGUGGCGUUUGUGGAAUAAGGACUGGGCCUCCAUCCUUAGGCCGUGGAUACCUAUACUGUUAGGCCUUCAUCUCCAGUUCUCCCGGGCCUCCAAUUGUCCUGAGGAGUGCCGCUGUGAUCGCACCUUUGUUUACUGCAAUGAGCGGAGCCUGACCUCAGUGCCUCUGGGAAUUGGUGAGGGUUAUAAGACUCUCUACCUCCACAACAACCAAAUCAAUAAUGCUGGUUUCCCUCUGGAGCUCCACCAUGUGACUUCUGUGGAAACUGUGUAUCUCUAUGGUAACCAGCUCGAUGAGUUCCCCAUCAACCUUCCCAAAAAUGUGAGGGUUCUCCAUCUUCAAGAGAACAACAUUCAGACCAUCUCCAAAGCAGCUUUGGCACAGCUGUUUUGGCUGGAGGAGCUACAUUUGGAUGAUAACUCCAUUUCUACUGUUGGCGUAGAGGAAGGGGCCUUCCGUGAAGCUGUGAGCCUGAAGAUGCUCUUCCUCACUAAAAAUCACCUGAGCAGUGUGCCAAUCGGUCUUCCGGAUGAUCUCAAAGAGUUGCGAUUGGAUGAGAACCGGAUUGCCAUUGUUGCAGAGGAAGCAUUUCGUAAUGUCACCCGCCUUCAACGUCUCCUACUGGAUGGAAAUCUGUUGACAGAUGAAGGGAUUGCACCAGGGACCUUUCAGGACCUGGUUAUGUUGAGGGAGUUGUCUUUGGCCCGCAACGCAUUGACGUACCCUCCCCCUUUUCUCCCAGGGAUGGUGCUGGUGAAGUUAAACUUGCAGGAAAAUCAAAUGAACAGGAUCCCUGUGGGAGCAUUUGCAGGACUGCACAAAGUGGAGAGGCUGGAUAUUUCUAACAACCAGCUGCAGUCAUUAACACAGGGAGUCUUUGAUGGCCUCAUCAGUCUGAGACAGCUCACUGUUCGGAACAAUCUUUGGCUGUGUGACUGCAGCAUCAAAUGGGUUGUGUCAUGGCUCAAAUCUCUCCCAGUGUCUCUCAACGUGCGUGGCUUCAUGUGCCAUAAACCUGAAAGGUUCAGGGGCAUGGUAAUCAGGGAGCUGAGUGCUGAGUUGGUCCAGUGCCCACAGAGCACACCAGUGACACACUUGCCCACAUUACCAACUGACACUACUCUGAUCCCAUCCUCAAUAUCAUCCACAAACUCUUCCUUAGUCACACCAUAUGUUUCUGUCUCCUCCAGGCAACCCUCAUUCCCGACAUUACCAACCCAUUACAUGGUCUAUACAUCAAGAGAUAGGGGGUUAAGAACUAAGCAGCCUGUGGAUCCCCGGAAGGAAACUCUGCAAGUCACAUUUGCCAUAAUGAAUGGCUCAGCUAUACAUGUAAGCUGGUUGGCUGCAUUUCCAGUAACUGCCUACAAGGUGACCUGGGCCAGGAUGGGCCCCAGUCUGGCAGGUGACACCGUCAGGGAGCGAAUUGUGGGUGGGGAUCACAGAGGGAUCCGACUGGCUAACCUGGAGCCAAAGUCUACCUAUCGGAUCUGUGUAAUUCCUUUAGAUGCAUUUAAUAACUACCGGCCCAAAGAUGACACUGUGUGUACUGAGGCAACCACCACGUCGGCCACCUUCAGUCCUGACAACAAAAGACCAUCAGCGCCUGAGCAGGCAACACAAGAAGAACCAAACUCACCUUUCCUACUGGCUGGGCUGAUUGGUGGAGCUGUGAUCGUGGUGCUAGUUGUUCUCCUCAGUAUCUUCUGCUGGCACAUGCACAAGAAGGGCCUUUCCAAGUCCUCCUCCAAGUGGAAAUACAACCGGGGCCGAAGAAAAGACGACUACUGUGAAGCAGGCACAAAGAAGGAUAAUUCCAUCCUGGAAAUGACUGAAACCAGCUUCCAGAUAGUCUCUCUUAACAAUGAGCAGCUCCUCAAGGGAGAUUUUUGCAUUCAGCCUAUUUACACACCUAAUGGGGGCAUCGGCUGUCCCCUGGCGAACAACAGCACAGUCUACUGCAAGAACAAUGUUCAGGAUGCAGACCUGUCACACACAUGAUGGUUUUAGAGGGUGUCAGGAACAUUUUUAUUGACGGUUCUUACUUUAUUAGACACUGUACAGCAUUAAUGUUACUUCAAGAAAUGUAAUUUAUACCAAUGGCUGGACACUA